AUGUCCGUCAAGCCCAUUCGCGUCGCCGCCGUUCAGGCCGAAGGCUGCUACUUUGAUUUGGAAGCUGCAGUCGAGAAGACAUGCAAGCUCAUAGAGGAAGCUGCUGGUAAAGGCUGCGACUUGAUUGCCUUUCCUGAAGUCUGGAUCCCUAACUAUCCAGGUUGGAUCUGGCAGAGACCCAUCGACUUUGACAUGGUCAAGGAGUACAUUAAGUCCUCCCUUAAACGGGAUGGUCCGGAGAUGGCUAGAAUCUGUGCUUGCGCGGGCAAGAACAAAAUUGCCGUUAUGCUGGGAUACUCGGAGAAUGCAAAUCAUUCCUUGUACCUAUCUCAAUCUUUGAUCGGCAAAGAUGGAGAGAUCAAAAUGAACCGCCGCAAGAUCAAGCCUACCCACGUCGAGCGAACCUUGUACGGUGACGGCAGCGGUGCUUCUCUUCACAAUGUUGUCGAAGAGCCUGGCAUCGGCAAGGUCGGUGCUUUGUCUUGCUGGGAACACUCUCAGCCCUUACUGCGCUACCACACAUACUCUCAGGGCGAAGAAAUUCAUGUGGCUGCUUGGCCGCCCAUGAACUACUUCAACUCCUUCCCCGAGGGCUCGGCUCUUUGGUCUCAAUGCCGCGAAGGGGCCCGCAACCUCUCCACUACACACGCCAUCGAAGGUAACUGCUUCGUCGUUUUGUCGUCUUCCUUUUACACCCAGACUGGCGUGGAUCGUCAGAAGCUCGGCGAUGGAAAGCUCUACCACAUCGGCGGUGGCGGCUGCGCUUGCAUCAUCGCACCCGAUGGUCGGAAGCUCACGGAAGAUCUUGGGGAGGAAGAAGAGGGUCUUGUGAUUGCCGACAUUGAUCUGGAUGAAAUCAUGAAAGUCAAGGCUAUGCUAGAUGUUCACGGACACUACAGCCGACCCGAUCUCUUGUGGUUGGGCGUAGACUCGCGCGAGAAGAAACAGGUUCGCAGAGAAGCUGAGCUGCUUGACGAUUGA